AUGAACCAUUUAUUAUUUGAAGAAGCAGUAUUUAAAUUUAUUUAUCUAAUAUACAGCUUGGAGAAGAAGAUGAGUAUUAAAGAUUAACAAAAAUAAGUGAUGCCAUUAAACUAGUAGCAGGGGCAAUUAUGAGAAUUAGAACUUUUAAUAAUUGGCAGAUAUUAAAAUACAGUAAAAAUACAUUAAUAAUUAAAUUAGUGAUUUGUUCUUAUCCAUUUCAGUAGGAGGUAAUAUAAUUAUUGAUGAACACAAUUUUUGACUAUUUUUAAGAUAUUGAAUUUCUUAAUGCUUUCGAAAAAACUUUACUGGAAAUCGCUUAAUUGAAAGAAUAAAGAGUAUUUUUAAGUGUGAGAUCACAAUCCCUUAGGAUAGGUGUUCUUUAGCAAAAGUAACAAUUUUUAUAAGAUGAUAGUUAUAAUAAUUUGAAUAUAAGAAAAGAAUAAUUAAAAUAAAGUGCUAUACCAUUUGCUAAGGCUGUAAUAGAGUAAUUAACAGUAGCAAAGAAAUUUGCAGCUUCCUUUAUCAAAAAAUAUAUUUUAUUAGCAAAAACUUUAAAUUAAGACAUAAAAUAAAGAAUUUUUAUAAUAAAGGAUUUUGUAGUAAAUACUAGAGAUCAUCAUUUUAUAAUAUUAUUAAUAAAUACAUUUGAAGAAUUAAAAGAAUCUGAAUUGAAGGAUUAAAAAUGGGUAGUUGAUUUUGAUGAAGAAAUUGAAUAAUGUAUAAAUAAAAUAAUAAUAUUUAGAUUGUGCUUAACAUAAUAUUUUAGUACCUCAUUUUAUAGAAAAGUAAAAUAAGCCUAAGUAAUAAGAGUAAAUAUAAUCAGAUAGUAAUUCAGAUGAUGAUGAUUCUCCUUAACAAAAUUAAUUAUCUAGUUCAAAAUCUGAUAGUGAAAACUAAUCUUUAAUAGAUGAAGAAGAAUUGUUAUAAAAAUGGAUUGCAUAAAAAUAAUUUAUUUUUGAAUAAUAAUAAAUAGAAAUAGUUUCCAAGGAUGAUAAUUUACAUGUCUUAAUUGAUUUUAUUUUAAAUCCAAUUGAAUAAUAAAUAGAAGAUUGUUGGGUAGUGUAAUUUAAUAUUUCAGAAAGAUCAAUAUCCUAUGGUAGAUAUAACUGAUGAUGGAAUAUCUAAUAAGAUAAGAAAUUAGAAAAUUGAAUUUUAUGCCUUAGUGAGAUCUUUUAAUACUGCUUAAAUAUUUCAUCAUAAAUAGAAUCUAGAAAAAAUACAAUAAUAUAAUCCAACUUUUUUAUAGAAGCUUUGUAAUAUUAAUAAAUAUUAAAUAGUUAAGUAAACUUAGGAGUCUUUUUAAAAUAAGAAUAUUAAUUUAAAUUUGUAUCAUCUGUCUCUAACUAUAGAUUCUUGUUUAAGUGCAUUUCCUAAAACUUCAAUGGCUCUUAUUUUCGAAAAUUAAUUACUUUUUACAUUAUCAAAUUAUAUUUAUAAUCCAUUAAUCAUGGGAUUAUUUAUUGAUAUACAUUAAAUCUAAUUUAACAAAUAUGAUUUUGGUCCUGCUUUUACUGAAUAAAUUUGGAAAUAUUAACUUUUUACUGAUUGGUUUAUGUGGUUACAAAACAUAUUAUUUGAAAAAGAAAAUGAUUAAAAAUAAUUAGACUAAUAAUUUAAGGGAGAUAACAUAGUAAAUAUAUAUAUUUAUUCUAGAUAUUCAUAAUAAAAUGUCUGAAAGAAUUGGGAAAGAAGGAAUUGAAAAUAUCAAAACCUAAAACCUCUGAAGAUAAUAAAAUUAAAUUAACAUCAUUAUUUGGAUCUCUUGAAUCUGGAAAAAAUUCUAUGAUUUAAAAUGCCAAAGAUUAUGAUAAUUGGAAAUUGAACUAAAAAUUAAAAGAACAUUUAACAAUAGAAGAAUUUAAAUCUUAAGAUUAUGAUAAUUUAAUGGAAUUUAUAAAAUAGAGAGACUAAAUCUAUAAAUAAUAAUUGGAAAAAAAAAUCUAAGAUGAAUUAUAGAUUUAAAUUGAGAAUAUUCAAUUAAAAAGAUCUUCUAGAGUACGUAUGUCAUAAGUCAAUAGUAUACAUUGUAAAUCACCUAUGUCUAAUUCCAAAUUAAUUUAAUAAUCAAUCUCUCCUAAUUAAAGUCAAAGUAAUAGUUAACCUAAUAGCAGUCGUUCUAUUAAAUUACCAUCUAUAUAUGGAAAUAAUUAAUAUAAUGAAUCCAAAUUUGGAGCAUUGUAAAGUUAUGGUUCUUAGGGAGAAAUUAGUCUUGAUUAAAAAAGCAGAAAUUUAAGCUUAUUCGGAUAAUCUCCUAAAAAUAGCAAACUUGGUUUAGCUAGUUAAAGAAGACUCAAAACAGAAAAUGAUGAUAUUCCUACUAAUUCUAUUUAAUCAAAUGAUGGCUUUUCUAGCAGUAGACUUAUAACUAUAUAUCCAUCUAAAUAAGCAUAAAUUAGAUUUGAAUAAUCAAAAAUUGUUUAACGAUAAGAUUAAAUAAUUGUUGAAAAUUUUUUAAGCUUCUUUAGUGAGAUACUAAAAACUAUACUAGAUUAUUUUUAGUAACCUAAUAAGACUAAUUUAUAGUAACUAAAUGAAUAAAUUCUCAUACAAUAAAUAUUGAGUAUGAAUUUUUUAAAUUCAAUUUUUGAAAUGUACUUGUCAAGCAUAAUUGAUUAAAAUGUAUAAUAAUAAAAAAUUGGAGAAAGUUGUGGACAACUAAUUAAUUUGAUAUAUAAUAAAAGCCAUCAUAUUGAACUCUUUCAGUUAUUAAGAGAAUAGCUAAGAACAAUCUUUUUAGCUAAUGUUGACAACCUAACAAGAGCUAUUGUGGCAAUAAAUAAAUAGAUGAGAUCAACAUCAAAAUUUGUGAAUAAGUGUUAAUUAUAACUUUUAUUAUAAACUUACUUUUUUGGGUUUAAUUUGUUUAGCAUACAUACUUAGUUAGUAAGUGCAUCAAAUAUUUAUAAGCAUUUAAAUGAAACUGUUAUGCAUAUUUUUAUUAUAUGGUUUUUUGAUAGUCAAUAAAAUAAUUGUUAUUAGCAUUUCUUUACUAAAUUUUUAACAAUUUUAUUUGCUAAAGCUCCCAUAUAAUCACUAACUAAUAUAUUAUUUAAUCUUGGAUUAGUAAAUUCAAUAUAUAAUGCUUUAUAAUAAUUUUUAGUUAAUGGCAUGAAAAGCAGUUAUUUUUAAGCAGGUGUCUAUUUUUAUAUGAAAAUGAUUAUAUACAUGAUAAAUAAGGCACUUAAUCAUCGAAAUAUGUAGAUUUUAAAAGAAUACUUGCAACCAUUAGAAUCAUGGAAAGGUGUUUAUAAAUUAAUUCCUGAUGAAGAUUCAAAUUAUAUGAUUGAAUUGUAAGAGCUUCUAAAAACAGGAUAAACCCCAAUCAGAAGAAUUCAACUUAAGAGAACAAAACUAGAAAAAUUAAAAUCUUAAUUGACUGUUGAUUGUUUUGAUAGUAAAUUAAGAGAGAUUAAAUAAUUUGAAUUAGCAUAAUAAGAAAAAUAAAAACUAUCAUCUACACCUAAAUUACCAUAAUCAGGGAAGAAACUGGCACAUAGAUUAAGUUAAAGAUCAUUUAGAAAUAGAAUAAGUUUGAAAAACGAUAAUUGA